UCGUCGUCGCCGCCGCUGACCCACUACGACAUCUUCCCUGAGACGCUCCCCCUCGGCCCUCCUCCCUCGGGCCACUUCCCCAUCGACACGCGCGCCCUCCGCCGCGAAUUCCUCCGCCUGCAGGCCCGCCACCACCCGGACAUGCAGCACCAGCAUCACCAGCAUCACCAGCACGACUCGCACAAGGCCAAGGCCCGCGCGGAGGCGACCUCUGCGCUCAUCAACGAGGCCUACAAGACGCUCUCCAACCCGCUCCUGCGCGCGCAGUACCUGCUCUCGCUGCGCGGCGUCGACGUGGCCACGGACGAGACGAUGCAGGUCGACGACCCGAGCCUGCUGGCGCUCGUGCUGGAGGCGCACGAGGAGAUCUCCGAGGCGCAGCGCGAGGAGGAUCUCGCGGAGCUGCGGAGGACAAACGACGAGCGCAUCAGGCAGAGCGAGGAGGUGCUCGAGCGGGCGUUUCGCGAGGAUGACGUGCAGGCUGCCAAGAAAGAGGCUGUGCGCUUGAGAUAUUGGGUCAAUAUCAAGGAGAGCUUGGAUAAUUGGGAGGAAGGGCGGCCUGUUGUUUUGCAGCAUUGA